AUGAAGCAGAAUAAAUAGAUACUAAGAUUAAGAGAAAGUCUCACAAGUCAAAUCCAAAAGAAGGAGUUAGCAAUAACUCAAAGUCAUCUAAUAAACUUCACUCAAAGUUCAAUUACCCCUUAAGAGGCGGAAAGAUUAGCAUAGUAUGUGACGGUCACAAAGGUGAGCCUAAAGCUUGUAUUUGUAAUUUUUCUUAGAACGAUCCAAAUACUUUUAAAAACAGUGAAUGGAUUAUGUGUGAUUUCUGUGAAAUGUGGUAUCAUGGCAAAUGUAUUGGAUUGA